GCUUUAUUUUGAUUUCGUUUAAAAGUUCAUCGGAAGCCGGCUCGGCAACACGUCUUAUCAAUUAUCCCUUAUCAAUGAAUUAAAUUUGAAUACCUAAGUCUAGUCUAACCUAAAAAUAAGUAAAAAGUCGAACAAAAGCAACAACAAACACAAUGAACAAGCUCAAAAACUCAAAAGAGGUGCACUUUCUGCUUCUACUAUCAUUCUUUUUGGGAUGCUUCGCCGAAGGAAGUUCUUUUCUGGUUCCCCCGCAAAGUCAGCAGAUCUUCAAGCUACGGAAUCAGGUGAUUCUUGAGGAUGCGGGCAGGGAAUCCAGUUCCCAGGAGACCGGAUACAUUUUUGAAACGGAUCUUCAUGUAAACUCAGUUUGGAGCCGACAGGAGGAUCAGUUGCUGGAGAUCUUUAUCAGCGAAAGUCGAGUGCUGGCUUCGGGAAAGGAUCGCUCCAUCACAGCCAUUCCGGACAGACCUUUCUACGUUAGUCUGGUUAAAGGGCAGCCUGAUAAGGUUAUCGCCCAUUCCGGCAGAGAUCAGUCGCUUCUGAACUUGGAACGUGGCAUCGCCUCGCUCCUGCAGUUGCGAUUAGAUGGACCCGUCGAAGAAGAACUGGAUGUUUCUGGUCUCUGUCGCGUCUCCUACAACGUCAAGUCAUCCACGAAGAUUGAGAAAACCAAAAGAGAUUGUGCCCUUUGGGAUCUGAGGGUUAACUAUCAUCCCGAGGAAGCCCUGGGAGUUACCCAGCGGUCGAAGGAGCUCACCAGCUACGAACUCUCGUCAGAUGGAUCUCUUCUCAAAGCGGAAUCUGUGGAGGAACACCAACUCACCCUGGCAGCCAAGCCGGAUGUGGGUAGCUUGGUAAAGAGCACUUUUACCCUCCAGCAUGUGUCCCAGGGACCGGAGAAUGUGAAACAACUGGAACAGGACACCUUGGAUGGAGCCAUCGAAAGCCUCUUGGAAUGGUAUCGUGUCUUCCAACUGGAAUCCGACAUCGAUGGGCUAAUUAGUGCGAUUAAAGAGCAAACUCUUGAAGAACAGCUCAAGGCUUCUCUGGAUGAUUUGCAGUCUGUUGACGUGGGCAAGUCGUCCCUCGCACUAGCCUACGUUAAGCUCAUCCCCCUGGCUCGCAUUGCCAGGCAGGAACAGAUCGAGGCGCUACUCAAGGAGCACACGGAGCUGUUACCCCAGUUGGUGGAUUUGUUUGGAGCUGCUCAGACAUUCGAUGCCCACAAUGCCACCUUCAGUUUUAUUUACAAAGAGGCGGAAACCACAGACGAAGAGCUGGAGCUACUGGAGAAGUAUUUGCAGUCGUUGGCGGUGGCCACCCACCCGGAAAGGAAAAUUGUUGAGCAUCUGCACGACUUGCUUCAGUUGGAAGCCAUCAAAAAGCAGGCCAAACUGUCGGAUAGUAUCAUCCAAACCUUGUCCGUCUUGACUCGACAGAGUGAAUUUGAUGUGAAUGAUGUCUUGUUGGAGAAAGUGCGCGCCUUCCUCCUCCAGGGACUGACUUCCAAGGAGCCCACCUUGUAUAUCCGGGCAUUGCAGAAUCUUCGAGACCCUGUUACCAUCGAACCCCUGCUGGAUCAGGCACAAAGUCGCGAGGAGCCUAAUUUAUCGGUGGCCGCUUUGCAAGCUCUGAAGGCCUUCCCUGUUGGCUCCUUCAACUCCUCGCACCGCCAGCAGUUUGAGGGAAUCUUCUAUCAGCGGCGACGCCGUUUCGAUAGCUCCGCUCGUACCCUGGCCUUGGAUAUUAUCCUUUCCCUGCGACCUAGCCAGGAGCAGUUGGGCCAUCUCUUGGACUACCUGGCCUCCACCGAUCGUCAGUUCGAGAUCAAAACCUACGUGUUGCAGAAGCUCCGAAUGCUGGCCGAGCAGUGCCCGCGAUUCAAGGCAUUAUUCAAGACGGAGUUGGUUAAGCGCAGCAGGGUAAACAACUACAAUGUCCUGGGACAGAAGGGUCUCACCACAGUGCUUGCCCGCCAGCUCUCCCUGUCUCCCGCUUUCAAUGAAUCCCUGCUAAGCACGCAGGAGGUUUACCAGGGCAUCCUUAAGCGUGGAUCUGUGGAAUUCCUGUUGCAUGCCGGACGCGCCCAGGCCAGCAGCUUCAAAUUGGGAAUCUAUACCGCCGGAUUGGGCUCCAUGGUGGGCGAUGGCGGCACCGAUGAUGGCACGGAUAAUAUUCCCGCUGAUGAUGACCUGGGCGGGGAGGACACUAUUACCGCCGGCAUGGAGAUCAGCGUUCAGGGCUCCCAGCUGCGACCAUUGGUCUUCUUCAACGGACAAACAGAGCUGAUGGGCCAUGUGUGGGGCGGAACUGCCUCAGACACGACCCCCGCCUACCAGGCUACCACUUUGGCCCAAGAUAACGAGCACUACAUCGUCUUGGCAUCGGGAGCCACUCUCCACUGGCAGGUUCUGGGAGCUAGGAGUGUGGAUCUCAAUGGCAAAGUCGGCUUCAGUCUUUGGAAUCGUAACGCCCAGACGGAGAUCCAGCAGAAUGCUGGAAGUGCUGUUCUUGGGCAUCUGGCCGUCGGAUUCACAUAUGCCAAGUUGGUCCAGGACUUUACGCUCACCCACGAACCUAAACUGAGCCUGGAGGCGCAUCUGGACUUUUACAGCGGCAUUAAGCUCUGUAUGCAACUGCAGCGGCCGGAGCAGCUGCUCAAACAAACGAGCAUUCGUUCAGUUUUCCUGCAGGCCGUGGCCCGACCUUAUGCCAAACAUGUGCGCUCCACUCUGUCCCAUAAAACUGCGGGCUGCACUUUCGCCCUCAAUCAGAAGAACAAUGAGAUGUGCAACAUAAUAUUUAAUGAUUACUAGAGAUUUUCUAGAGAUUCGUGUUAUAUUCCACACAAAAUGAGAUUCAAGCAAUGGCUUUCAGUAACGAAUCUGUAUGCACUUUAAAACUAUGUGAAACUCACAGAGAUUAAGACUCGAAAUAGUUGUAAACUCAAACGAACAAAGAUUAAAUUUUCUAAAGUUUUGUAAA